AUGAAUGCCAUAGAAAUUUGGGUGGGGACUGUGAUGCUAUUGCAGAUGAGCAUUGGGAUCUCAGAAAAUGUAUUUCUCCUUCUGUUUUAUAUCCACCUGACCUCCAGCAGCCCCUGGCUCAACUCCUCAGACUUAAUCCUCGCCCACCUGACAUUGGCAAACACCACAGUAUUUCUCACUAAGGGCAUCCUGGACACACUUUCGGGUUGGGGAUGGAGAAUUUUCCUGGGUGAUGUGGGGUGUAAAACCCUUUUGUACCUGUACCGAGUGGCCCGGGGCCUUACAAUCUGCAGCACCUGCCUCCUGAGCAUCUUUCAGGCUGUCACCAUCAGCCCCAGAACCCCCCGAUGGGCCCGGAUCAAGGCCAGAUUCCCCAACUCUGUCGUCCCCUUCUGCCUCCUGUCCUGGGUCCUCAAUCUGAUGAUUUACGUUAGUGUGCCAAUAGGAGUGAGAGGUGCCCAGAACAGCAGCACGGUUUCAAUAUCACUGGAUCUCAAAUAUUGCUCAGCGGUCAUUGGUGGCACAAAAACUGCCUUGGUCAUCUCAGCCGUGAUCUCCCUCCAGGAUUUGUUCUUCAUGGGGCUCAUGAGCAUUGCCAGUGGCUACAUGGUCUGGGUCCUGCACAGGUACCACCAGCAGGUCCAACACCUCCACACAUCUGGACGGUCCCCCAGGAUGAUGCCCGAGGUCAGGGCAGCCAAAAGGGUCAUGGCCCUGGUCACUCACUAUGGGCGACAGUCCAUCAUGCUGAGCAUUUUAAUAAAUGUGAAAGAGAAGCCAGCUUUGCUGGUUAACAGUCAUCUGGUGUUGUCCUUCACCUUCUCUGUCAUUAGUCCCUUCCUGAUGAUUUCUGGGGACAGGAGGAUGAGAAGGUUCUGGAAGACACAAUCUCCAGUUUCCAACAUGGGUCCCUCAUAG